ACUGCGAUUUUAUGACUUGAAUUAGGCCUCAAUAUCAACAUAUCAGUCUGUUGGCUAAGGUGGUACCAGUGUAUGAACAAUAAUAUAUUUAAAAAUGAAGUGAUGAAAAAGUAAAACGAACUGUUUUUGGCUAAUAUCUAAAGACUAUUUUUUUAAUUGUAAGUGUUAUUAAAGAAUUAAGAAGAUGAUAGGAAAAAAUGCUGUCAUAUUAGCGAUUUGUAUUAUUAUUUGUACAACAAUACACCUAGCAUUAUCUAAAUUGUCAACACCAUGCCAAGGAAGCGUAGGAUUGAAAUAUUUAUGGGGAGAUGCCUUACUUGAUAAUCCAGAUUGUAUGGGACCAAAUAAUACGCCAUAUCCAUCAGCUGCCAUAGAUAGAAAUUUUAAAGCAUCAAAAUUAUGGUUAGCUUCUUACAGGUCAGGAAGAUCUCAGAAUACGAUUGAUCCCUUUAUUACCAGAAACGUCCUUCUUUCAGCGCAUCAACAGACUAUGAAUAAUGAAGCUACUAGUACUCUAAUCAGGCAAGCACGAACUGCAAGUAUGACUCCCGCCAACAUGUGUGCAUCUACGCCUCAACGAUUAUGUAAAACAAGAUAUAACACCACAGCUCCCAUGUACGGAGUCUCUCUUACUUCAGGCCAGCCAGUAACCAUUGUCCAGAAGUUUCCUGAUUUGUUACAACAAGUAGUGUUUGAAGUAUGUGAAAGCUCAGAAUGUGAUGUAGUUCGAGGAGAAUGUACCCAAACAUACGUUCCUUAUCUUUUUUUGGUUAUUCCACUAGGACCAGUAACAUUAACAGGCCAGGAUUACGUAUUAGUGGAAAGCGGCUGUGUAUGUAGACCCAAAUAUGCUGGACAACAUUCAGAAACAAAUCCUCCCGUAAUUCCAAGGAUAUAAAAACUAUUUCACUUAUCGAAUUUUAAAAAGCUUUCUUAUCUGUCUUAAGUGAUUAAUAAAAGACUGGUGUGCAGAAAUUGAAAUAGCAUCAGAAACAGUGGGAACACGUUAAUCUUUUGUAAAGUAAUUCAGACAGUUUUGAUAAUUGUCAGAAUCAAAAACUUUUUUCAUGUUUUAAUAAAUUAAUACCUAAGAAUUGUACCGAGAAGAAAAACACGAGUCAUGAGUAACUCUAGGAGUUGAUAACCUCUUUAAAAACAAAUCGGGAAAUAUUUAGUUCUGCCUACUUAUUUCACAUUAAAAAAUCAGGCUGUGUUUUCGGUAUGCAUUUAUUAUUUUUAUACACAGCUUUAAUCCAUCACUGUUUUUAAAAGUUUUUACAUACCUAAUAUAUAUUUAGUUAUUUAGUUAUUUAUUUACAAAUAAUUAGCUUACUUUGAGAAAUUAGUAAAUAAUAUGGAAAAUUAGUUUUUUUAAAUUAUAUUCGCUACAAAAAUAAUGUUGCCAUAUGGCAAGGUCACAAUAUUGCCAUAUUCGCUAAAAAAAACAUGUUGCCAUAUGGCAAGGUCACUAUGUAAAAGAGUCAGGUAUGUAAUAAUUACAAGAAAUUAUUUAACAUAAACUGGCACUUUAUAUUUAGUACAGAUAGUCGUCAUAAUCGAUUUAUAUCCUUACCAGGUCAUAAAUUUUGUCGUCUUUUUAGCUAAGUAGAUGGAUGUGACAAUACACGAAUUGGCUGCAGUACGACAGGGAGGAAGCCACCUGUUAUGUCCCGAUAAAGGAAGAUAGGUGCGUUAUGUCCCGAUUUCUUGUAGAUAAUCCAUGAUCUCUGAAUAGUAACAUUUAUCUACCAAUUAAACAAAUUCCACCUUCACUUUUUACUACGAAUAGCAAUUCAAUACGAGCUUAUAUUUUCAUCCAUAAGAUCUGUUCCUCUCAUGGUUAAAUUAUAGUUACCAAUUAUUAGACAGACGCCUUUAGACCUGAAUAUUUUUUAUUGUGUAUCGAGAACAUCUUUUGACUUUAUCUAAUGGACUCAUAUCAUAAAUUGUUGAUGCCAUAAUGAUAAUGUUAUUAUUAUUCUGAAACAAAAUACCAGAGAAACUUUUUUGGAGGUCUACUAGAAUGGUGUAUGUUUGGUGUAGUAUGAUCAACUAUGUACUAUCCAUACUACUAAUUUGUAUGGAGAUCUACUAGAAUUAUUGAUAUCAUACGAUGGUAUUUUGUUAAAAACUGCACCUAGAUCUAGCUCUUGGUAGCAUUACCAUGAAAAAGUAAUAAGAAAUCCUUCCAAGGAUUUUUUAUUUUAUAGACAAUGCAUAUUUUUCUUCUCUGGUGUUAACAACCAGACCCAGAGUAUACUGACACAAUAAUAUGUAUAAACAAUAUAAACAAUGCCAAUAAGUUGAUAUGUUUAUAAAUUUGGAGACUAACGCUUUGGUGACGAUAUUAUGCUGAUUUCAGAUAACCUCAAAAAAAUACAAGGAGUUGUUAAGUAUCUUCACUAAACUCUGUUUGUGUCAACCGAGGUAGGUUUAAAACUUAACCUUGAUAAAAUCGAGUAGGUAUAUGAUUAUCUACUUAGUCUUUAGCAGCAACAUAUCCAAAAUCGAAAUUUUGAACGUUCCUAUGAACCAUUUUAGUCCAACUUUGAUGCUUCUUUCUGCUUAACACUAAUAAAUAUCUGGAUUUAAUGAUUUUACUAUCUGUCACAUGAUGAAACUACAAACACGUUGAGAGUCUCAUGCCGGGCCUAAUAGCUGCUGCGAUAUGGAAGGGUGGAGUUAUAAUAGGUAGGAUAUUUACUGGGCAUAAAAAUAAAUGUUACACACGUAAUAAAAAAUGGUUUAAAUUUUUAAAAAUCAGUUGAAAGUAAAGAAAAUUUCAGGAUAAGCGCAAUGGGGCAAAUAAAGAUUUAAUGAUUAAGGCUGUAAAAGAUAAAUUAAUAAAUAGUGAGACAGAUACAAUAAUUUCUAGAAGGAAAAGAAAGAAGCAUAAAGAGGAAAUAUCGGUGACAAAGGAAUUGCAAUGAAUUUCCACAUCAAAAUUUUCUAAACUUACACAUAAUAUGUAUAAACCUACAUAAUGUAUUCAAAAGGUACAACCUACAUAUGUAUAAAACUACAAAUAUGUAAAGCCAUAUGCCUUGUUGUUUAGUAGAUAAUAUAUAAUUAUGCGGUAUCCUCAACAAAAAUUGUACCCUCCUAAAACUCGGCAAUAAAAUGAUUUGACAAAAAUCCAAAAGUAAGGUUGAAUAAUCCAUAAUUUGGAGGGGGUUUUCAUUACUUACAUAACUGUUUUUUUUUAUCAAUCGAUUAGUUAGCCACUAUCUUGUAACUCUUUAAGAAUCUAUCACUAAGAUUUUUGUCUUAUUCUCUCAGCUGGUGACAUCUCCUGUCCCCUGAGAGGCUUCGGUGAUGAUUUGGGAUUUGGAAUUUUUUGGGAUCAUGUUUUCCUUGGAUUUCCUUUAUUUUUGCUUAUUUUUCUUCUUACUUCCUAAACUUAUUUCUAACCUUAGUAUAAUUUUUUUAGAGCGUAAUAUAAUUUGUUCGCUUUUUUUAUUCUAUUUUCUAUCGCAACAUUCAUUUUCCGUAAGUAACCCAUACAAGUUUGCAAUAAGUAGUUUUGGAUUUUUUUUUAAUAUAUAUUUUUUCCAGUUUUAGCACAAAUUUUAUUCGGGGGUAAAAACCUCGAAACUUAAAAACCGGAUUCUUUGGUAACUGAUCGAACAAUUUAAAAAAUCAUAAAAACGGUUAUGUAAGUAACUAAAACCCCUUCCAAAGUAUGGUUAAGUGGAAAGAAUAAUUUUUGCAUAACAAUAAUAAUUGAUCUCCCCGAUCUCUCCCGAUGUAAAAAUAGAGCGAUUUUUGAAUUUUUGUCAAAUUUUAGGGUGGUACAAAUUUUCUUUGGGACAAGAAUUAGAGACAAACAAUUUUUUUUCAUAGUUAUGUAAUAGACGUUAUUUAUUUUAGUGUUUUUUAAAUUAUUAUAUAUUUAUUUAACGAUAGUAACUAGGUAAUUAAAAUUAUUUAUUAAAAGUUAUUUUAAAACUGUAGAUGUCAACUAGAUUAGGUUUUGUAGUGUUGCAAAUAUAUGUUAUUAUAAAUUCAA